AUGAGGGUGCUGUCAGCCUGCCUCGUCAGCGGGAACAGCGAUGGACAUACGAAUAAUUGGGCCAUACUCGUAUCCGCGUCUAGAUAUUGGUUCAAUUACAGACACUUAGCUAAUGCACUGGGAAUGUACCGUGCUAUCCGUCGACUCGGGAUCCCAGACAGCAACAUAAUCCUCAUGCUGCCAGAUGACAUCAGCUGCAAUGCGCGCAACCGCUACCCGGGGUCUGUGUACGCGCACAAAGAUCACAGAAUGGAUCUCUAUGGCGAGCGUGUCGAGGUUGAUUACCGGGGAUACGAAGUGACAGUGGAGAAUUUCCUUCGUGUGCUAACAGGAAGACACGAGGAGCACACACCAUCGAGUAAACGGCUUCUAAGUGACGAAAACUCAAAUGUUCUUCUCUAUCUCACCGGACAUGGUGGAGAUGAGUUUCUCAAGUUCCAGGACACAGAGGAGCUAAAUAGCCAGGAUAUUGCAGAUGCAGUUGAACAGAUGAGACUUAAGAAGAGAUACAACAAAAUGCUCUUUAUUAGCGAUACUUGCCAAGCUGCGACAUUGGCAAAUAGCCUCUAUUCACAGGAUGUGCUAGCUAUUGGCAGCUCAGUCAAGGGUCAAAACAGCUACAGUCAUCACACUGAUAAACAAAUUGGCGUAGGCGUCAUUGAGGGAUUUACACAUUUCACUCUCAAUGCUCUCAGCGAUAUAGACAGCCAUUCGCAGUUGACGCUUGCGGAUUUCAUCGACAGUUUUGACAGAAGUAAGAUUAAAUCGACACCAGGUGUCAGGAGCGAUCUGUUUGGUAGCUUGGACGACAGUCUGCUGACGGAUUUCUUUGCUGGGAAUAUCGACGUCGAUGUGCUUUCACCGGAGACUGAACAUUGUAUGCAACACGCGGAGCAAGAAAGGCAGAAUGUGGAUGUGGAUGCAGAAUCAUCUUCUCAUACUCCGGCUUCUGCUCACAAUAUACCUAACGAACCUAGCACACCCAACACACAAAAUCAAAACGCGGUAUAUCUUCUCAUUUGUAUAAUAAGCCUAAGUAUCUCAGUCGGUUUGGGACUGCGUUGA